GAGAUGGAGCCUUAUUUGCCUUUAACUAGCCAGGCUGUGCGAUUUUGCAUCUCAGGAGCUACAGUGUUGUUCUGGAUGCUCCACCCAGAGGAUCCCUACCUGCAUAAAAUCAGCAUUUCUUGAGACAGCAACUCAGCCUCAGCCUCUUCACUGGAUUCCCAGAGGAAGACCAGGCCCAUCUACUCUAUCACCAGACCUUCAGAGAAAACUACACCCUUCUCCUGGACCAUCGCUUCAGCAGCAUUUCAUCUGCCACUCCAGGAGGAGGAGGAGCAGCCACCAUUUAACUGGACUAUCACUAACACCCUGACUCCUCAGGGUGUCAGGUUUCUGACUCUGUCAGUAGUUUUGUUUGUACUGAUUACAUUUUUUUUUUGGAGGGAGGGGGUUUACCUUUUCCAUUUCACGGGAGGCCCUUGCCUUCCUUCACAGACUCCUGUCUUUUCAAACGAAGACAGAUUUUGGCACCCAAUGUGGGGCUCGAGGCCAUUGAGAGGAAAAAAGGAUUAACAGUUCUUAGGUAAUCUAAUUUUUUUGUGUGUGCUGAUAUUGAAACAUCUUUAAGUGUCACCAUGUGGUCUAGUUUACCCUGGUUUGGGUGGCACAUGGUCGUGACUAUAUUUCUCCCAUUUGUAGGCCCUUAUCUAGACAUGAGUCCUAUAACUAAGGCUGCUGUGGCUGUUAUCCAGUUUGGCUUAUGGGUUAAUAAGGUGAGGAAUUCAUGGAUCUUUAACUACCUCUGGAAGGCGAGUACAUGGAUUCAGAGCUAUCACACACUGACUCUAUGUUUUUGGGGUUACUUUAAUAAUGGUACCUACUGUGAGGAAAUGACACCAGGGGAAAUUUUCUCCCAACCUUUUAACCAUCUUUUUGUGUCUGCUCCACCAGUUUUUGAAGGGUUAAGAUCCACUCUAAAUGCUAAUGACAUCAUACAAUGGGUGGUGUUGCUGAUAGGCCUGUUCUAUUUAGCACUGAGAGAUAAGGGAAGAUUAACCUGGAUAACUACCCUGACACCUACACCAGAGACUAGGGAUACUGCUGCAGAGCCUGACACUGCCCCAGAGAUUAGAGAUGCUGCUGCUCCAGAGCCUGACCUUGCCCCGAAGCCCGCCUCAGAAAUGAACCACCCAGAUUGGGUGAAGGUUCUGCUUAAGGAGAUACGUGAGAUGCUGAAGGAGUGCAUUUCCCCAGCUGGUGAGAAACCCUCCCUUUGCCUUGAAGAGGGACAGUCUAAUAGUACAGCUGUGGAACACACAGAUGUUACAACUGUCCAGGUUCCAGCUGAACCACAAAGGCAGUCCCAGCCAGCAGCAGUUGCCUCGGUAGAAACAAGGAGGUCUAAGAUGAAAUCAGAGCACCCAGAUAGGGAUAGGAAUGGAGGAACCUUACAACCCACAGGGGAGCCAGAGGUUGCGAUCAUCACUGAGUCCCUGACAUACGAAAGUCUCUGUAACCUGCACAAAGACAUUGUGCGACGAGGACGUGAAGCUUAUACUACCUGGUUACUCCGGGUCUGGGACCUUAAGGGUACAGGCAUCCAGCUGGAUGGUGGUAAGGCAAGGAACUUGGGACCCUUGACCCAGGACUCAGGUAUGAAUCAGAUUUUUGUAAGGGAGCCGGGGUCCCUUUCUCUCUGGGAGCGGCUUUUAAUGAGUGUCAGAGAGAGGUUUGUCCACAGGGAGAGAAUGCAGGAGCACCAUCAUAGAAUGCGCUGGAAGACCCUUGAGGAAGGGAUCCAACAGCUGAGGGAAGUGGCAGUAUUGGAGGUACUCUUUGGGAGGGAUGGACAGCAUGAUAAUGACCCCGACAAGUUCAGGUGCACAGGGCAAAUGCUGUGGAGUCUAGCAAAUCUUGGGCCAUCUCAGUAUACCACUUUCAUCGCAACAAUCGAUGCUGACACUAACCAGCAGUUAGGUUCUGACAGUGGGUUCUGUUGCCAACAAACUUAGGAAUUAUGAGAGUAUGAUUAAUGGCCCAAUGCAGGCUCAUAUCUCAGCUGUGAUUAAGGAGUUGAAAGAGGAGAUGAGGGAGGAGAUGAGGAAGGUUAAUGCAGCACCCGUGUGAGUCACAGGCCCCAAAGUCAGAGCCCAACAUUCCCCAGCUAGAGAGAGAGGGUACACCCCAAGGGCUAAUCUGUGGUUCUUCCUGUGUGACCAUGGGGAAGACAUGGGAAAGUGGGAUGGGAAACCCACUUCUGUCCUGGCAGCACGGGUGCGUCAACUCAAGGAGGAAACUCUAACCGGGGGAGUUCCACCACGGUGAAGGUAGCCUCAACCUCCCAUGACCAAGCUGUCAGGUACGAUCUGUCAGACCCCCUUGAAGGAACCUCUAGUAUGUAUGCCCAGGAAAGGAAUAAUAACCAGGGUUAGAGGAGCCCUGUCUCUAGCCAGGGAGAGGCAUGGGAAAACCGGAUCUUCUGGACGGUGUGGAUCCAAUGGCCUAGUACAUCAGAGCCACAAAAAUAUGAUGCUUUAGUUGAUUACUGGUGCGCAGUGUACUCUGAUACCAUUGGCACAUGUUGGGGCGGAGCCUGUUUCCAUUGCUGAUGUGACAGGGGGAUCUGUGGAGUUGUGUUUUUAGGUUCCACUGUAUGUAUGUUCAAGAUGGUUUAUCCCUCUGUACCCCCCCUUGUGCCUUUUAGGUUCAUCCCGGGUUUUCCCAUCAGCACCUGUGUGUCCAUCAAUCCCAAAAACCCUGACUCAGACCCCUGACCCCUCCCAGGUGACUUGUCCAUCCUUUCCCUCUGUCUGGAAGCUUCUGCCGGGGUCGCUGGGUGACUGGACAAUGGCCUGGGGUCCCUCCCCUCCUCCCUGCUGAGUGGAUACCUCGGCUGUCCUUCCCUUGGAGGGCCACGCCCAUGUCUUCUCCCAUUGGCUGAUCGGGUUUCCCCGCCCACCCUGUAUCAGGGCCUGCUCGAGGCCCAGAUCUCACUGUCUUCUGGGGCGUCUUUGAGUACUUUUGGGCUCUGGGGCUCUCCUUGGAGUCACAAUA